UCAAGAGUCCGUGUGUAAUGUGUGUGCGUCCCUAUCUUCAGGGGAGUUGUGGCCGAACUGCCGGCUAGCACCUGUGGCUAGGAGUAUCCUGUUGUGACAGUGUUCUGGAUGAUCAAAGUGAGUGUGUGUGUGAGAAAUAUCCUGUAUGGGGCCCAACCUGUUUUACUAUGAAAAUACGUUAUCCCAGCUAUAGUAGUGUAAUGUCACCUACAUAAGAAUUAGCAUUCCUCUACAAUUUACACCUUACCAGUAUUCAUCAUCCUCAUCAUCAUUAUCAGCAGCAGCAACAUCUCCGCAUUUGAAUCCAAAUGUCCUUUCCUUGACCUCGGAUGACUUCAGUAGGUCACCUUGGUCGACUACAUUCCAUGUGAACAUGCACACACACGACAAAACCACAAUAGUCCUCAAGAGAAAGAAAAAUACUUUCACUUUCAUAUGGAUCGCACCUGCGGGCGAUGGCUGACCAGGGAAUAUCAACUCCCAGUGUAAUAGGACUAGUCACUAUAUUCUGUUGCAUUUAUGGCGGACAAUUCGUCAAUGCAGCUGGACCGUCCACCACCCGUUAUGUCAUCACAAACGGCAAUGUCAUUCUCAACCCUGGGAUCCGUGGUGGAGUUUUACAGGAGAUCCUGUGGAAACAUGGUGUAAACAAGGCGGUGGAAUGGGGCACUGACGGGAUACAGGAAUUUCGUGAUUUUAAAGGGAGGACAUCCUUGAACACCACGACAGGAGAAAUCACUAUCAGACAGCUGACCAAGCAGCUCAGUGGGGUGUAUGAGGCAGAGUGUAUGAUUGGUCAAAAAAUACAGACCUUUCAGCAGAGAGUGAAAGUCAUUGACCCAGUAUCACAACUUGAAGUCACCUGUGAAUUGAACGGUACCAUGGCAACAAUUCACUGCAGUGCUGAGGGUCCACUGGUGGAGUAUCGCUGGUCUUGGCCUGACCACCAGGGGGAGAUGUGGAGCCAGGAGCAGAAUGGACAGCACUACAACAUCAAAUCCCCAGAGUCAGUCAGCUACACCUGUGAGGCCAGGAACCCAGUCAGUGAGAAGACACUGACCUACAGCAGCAAUGACUGUCAAGGUAAUCCUGAGAUCUACAUCUACACUGGUAUUUGUGCAGGUGUCUUGUUGGUUGCUGUUGUGGUUGCUGUUGUGGUCUGGCUCGUCAAGAAGUGUUCCAAAGAUUUGCGGAGCACAGGGAAUGCCAGCCAUCUUGAAGAGGAUCGAGAGAAGGCGGUGGCAAUCAGACAGGCAGAGAUUGUGGAAGAGGAGAAUAAGCUAUUACUAGAUGAAGAACUAAAGGACAGGGUCAGUCAGAUCAACCAGACCAGUGAGGCUGUGAAAACUGGAGAUGGUGAGGGAGAGAAGAAACCAUUACUAGACAAGGCACGAUCCACUGAAACAGAUGUUAUUGUGAGUAAUAUCCCGUUCAAACUGAACAACCAGAAUCAGGUUUGGGGUCGGGAGUCCGGAAAGAAACAGAGGGAAGAAAAAGAGCAGAACACAGAAUCCAAACAGAACAUGAACGUUACCUUGGGGACUGUUACCCAAGAUUCUGUCCAAACUGCUCCUCCAAAACCACCUCGGAGCAGCCUUAACUAUAAUUCACCGUACCCACAGACUCUGGAGACACAGCACAGCAGAGAGCAUCAUGGGAGAGGAACUGACCAAAGCAUGGCUGGUUAUGGCACAGAGAGAGAGGGAGCGGGAGAUGGACAGCUUAUGCCCCAGAAAGUCCUCAUCUUAGAGGAAGAGAGUGGAGGAAAGGAGGAGGGGACAAGAGAGGACGGAGAAGAUGUUGAGAAAGAGAAGGUAGGAGGAGAUGAUUCAGUGACAGAGGAGGGAGAGGGGCAAGAAGUUACAGAUAGGAGAGAUGAUGGAGGAGAAAGAAAUGGACAAGAGAGAGAGACUGAAAAUAAUGAAGAAGAGCAGGUGAAAGGAGAGGGAGAAGAAAGAGGGAAGAAAGGAGAAGAGACACAGAAGGGAGAGAAAAGAAAGAGCCCAACUUCUCCCAAACAAACACUCCCCCAAAAAGCCCCCCCACCACCUCUCGCCCCAAAACCAUCAUCUAUAAUAUAUGUUAACCAGAUGGGUGUAGAACAAGGAAGUGUGUUGAAAACAAUGGAAACCCAGAGGAGCAGUGGUCAGGUAGACAGAGAGAGAGGAACACCUGACCUAUCAGGUCUGAGGAGACCCACUAACUCAGUGUCAGACAGUACAGACACUCCUGAUAGAAGCAGUCCAGGAUUGUCAGCUCUUCCUAUAGUCACAGCAUUUAGUCCAAAGGUGGUCAGUGGUACUCUAUCCAAUCCAGUAAAGACCAGUUCAGGUGCACCCUCCAGAUCAGGAGACACCAGUUCAGGUGCACCCUCCAGACCAGGAGACACCAGUUCAGGUGCACCCUCCAGACCAGGAGACACCAGUUCAGGUGCACCCUCCAGACCAGGAGACACCAGUUCAGGUGCACCCUCCAGACCAGGAGACACCAGUUCAGGUGCACCCUCCAGACCAGGAGACACCAGUUCAGGUGCACCCUCCAGACCAGGAGACACCAGUUCAGGUGCACCCUCCAGACCAGGAGACACCAGUUCAGGUGCACCCUCCAGACCAGAAGACACCAGUUCAGGUGCACCCUCCGGACCAGGAGACACUAGUUCAGGUGCAUCCUCCAGACCAGGAGACACCAGUUCAAGUGCACCCUCCAGACCAGGAGACACCAGUUCAAGUGCACCCUCCAGACCAGGAUACACCAGUUCAGGUGCACCCUCCAGACCAGGAGACACCAGUUCAGGUGCACCCUCCAGACCAGGAUACACCAGUUCAGGUGCACCCUCCAGACCAGGAUACACCAGUUCAGGUGCACCCUCCAGACCAGGAUACACCAGUUCAGGUGCACCCUCCAGACCAGGAUACACCAGUUCAGGUGCACCCUCCAGACCAGGAUACACCAGUUCAGGUGCACCCUCCAGACCAGGAGACACCAGUUCAGAUACAACUAGUACAGCAAUAGAGAGUAGCUCAGAUACUCUGUUUACGACAGAGGAAAAUGUACCAACAGAGAUCAGUAAAGCUACAGCCUCUGUAGCAGGAGAAACCAGUUGAAAAGCACUUGUUGAAAAAGUUUGUUAAACAAAAAUGUUAGGCUCUGUACGGGGAUGUUUUGUUUCUCUUAUAUUUAUACAAUUCUUUUCAAGGGUAUUUAAAACCAAAUACCUUUAGACUUUUAUUUUUGUCAUUUUCUAUUAAAUGAUCUUUACUUUUAGUCAAGUAUGACUUUUGGGUACUUUUUCACCACUGUAUUAUAGCACAUCAACAUAAUGUAUUGUGUUGGUACAGUAUACAGUACGUUUUUUAUACCACCAUACAUUUUGUAUAUUUAGGUGCAUUUUAUUAAGAAAAACAUUUCAUGAAGAGCUUAUUUGAUUCUUUACACGGUGUGAGGGCUGAUACUUUGCUAUAUAAAAAAUAAUACAUAUUUCAAAUGUUAAUAUUUUUUUUAAAUUGUGAGAAAAAGUUGCUUUUGUCCCGACUUUCAAUAAUGUCUGAGGCGUAGGCCCCUAUAAAAAAGAAGAAAUAACCCUA